AUGCCGAGCGCCACCGCGUCCGGGCCCAACCCGGAAAAACAACAACAAGUGCAACUCAAGUCCCAGCAGUCUCGCCCCCGCCGCCCGUCCACAGCCUCAACCCUCCUCAGCACCGCCCAAGCCCUGGAAAACAAACUGGAGCACGCCCUGCUCGUGCUCUGGGACGACCUGCCGCACUGGCGCCGCGACAACCCGUCCAUCCUCUCGGGCUACCGGGCCACGUCCAACUCGAUCCGCGGGUCCCUCGCCAGCCUCUGGUACUUGCACAACGAGUCGGUCAACAUCUGGACGCACCUGCUCGGCGCCGUCGCCUUCGCCGUGGGCGGGGUCUACCUGUACGCGCUCGUCGCGCCGCGGUACGAGUCGGCCAGCGCGGCCGACGUGCUGGCCUUUGGCUGUUUCUUCGGCGGCGCCUUCUGCUGUCUGGGCAUGAGCGCCACCUUCCACACGCUGUGCAACCACAGCGAGAAGGUGGCCACGUGGGGGAACAAGCUGGACUACACGGGGAUUGUGUUCCUGAUCGUCGGCAGCUUCGUGCCCGCGCUGUGGUAUGGCUUCUACUGCUGGGAGGUGUUGCUGACCGUUUAUCUUGGGGCGAUUGCGCUCCUGGGUUCGGGAUGCAUAGUGGUGUCGUGGUUUGACCACUUCCGCACCCCUGCAUGGAGGCCGUACAGGACCUUGAUGUUCGUUGCGUUGGGCUUGUCCAGCGUCGUUCCCAUCCUCCAUGCCCUCACAUUCACCGGAUACCGGCAGCUGAAUGAGAGGAUGGCGCUCAACUGGGUGAUCCUCCAGGGUGCGCUGUACAUUUUCGGCGCCUUUUUGUAUGCGGUCCGAUGGCCAGAACGCAAAUACCCAGGCGCGUUCGAUAUCUGGGGCAGCUCGCAUCAGAUAUUCCAUGUCUUCGUCCUGCUUGCUGCAGCAACCCACUUCUAUGGCAUGACCAGAGCCUUUGAUUUUCACCACAGCGUUCUCGGGGCACAGUGUUGA